UGGAGAAACGGCUGCACGCAAGUUUCGAGGGCACGUGCUUUCCUGCCUGCAGGGUUACGUGGUAUGUUCCGUGAUCGUCAAUGAAGCUAUCCCAACCCAUACCGUUGCCCUGCAGCGCCUGCAUUCACCGAUCGCCUCGUGCGACUUAGACUCACCUGAGUUGUUUUGAGCCAGUGUGAGGCAUCUCGCAGUCAUCGUGCAUGAUGCACCCGAACACCGACGUGCACCGAUCUCUAUCCCGUCGGAGCCUUUCGUCCCAGUCAGUCGUCCCGCCGUCUGACUCUCCCGACCUCGGCGUCACCCUGAGCGACCCACUCGUUACGGACUCCUCCGUUAGUAGCUUAUCGGCAAAUACCUCCUCCAGUACAUCCUCCUUAGUUGCUUCCUCCGUCAAAAUCUCCUCCUCGUCCUCCUUUCCUUCCCGCCAGCCGUCGAGUCCACAAGCAUCCCCGUUUCUCUCCGCUUGUUUCACAUCCCUCUCAUCCAACGUCCCGCUGCUCCCCUGCUUGCCGCUGCUCUGGAUCCUGGCCUUUGGAUUGACCCUCCUAUCGCUGGACGCCACGUGGCAGCUGGAGAAGGCACAAUGUCACGCUGUCAGGCCUCGGGGCGAAGGCGAAGGCUUGACAACAGCUGACUCGGACGUCUUCGUUGACCCCGUUUACCCAGAAACACGACGGAACGACCAGUCGCCCUGCGACCCGUGGAGUCGUCGCAACCAAUCAGAUCUCCCCCCUUUCACCAGUGCGCGAAUGGCAGACCACGAGAAUACAGCUACCCCCAGCGAAUCCACUGGCGAACGGGUUACAUUGGCUGGCGUUUUCGCGGAGCUGUUCGUGGCGCCGCGGCCGUUCGCAGGGCGGCGGGGGAGGAGGCAGCGAGCGGCGCUGGCGUCGUGGUUGCAGCUACAGCCGCCCGUCCGCGUGGUGCUGGUGGGCCGCCACGCGAGCUUCAGGCGUGUUGCUGAGAGGCACGCAGGGCGAGUGGUGGUGGAGGAGGAUGUUGAUAUGAGCUUUGCCUCAGGCCAGCCCUUAGCCAACAGCCUCUUUGCUCGCGCCCGAGCCUCCCGUGCAGGCUUGGCAAUUGUCCUGACCGACCCUGAGGCUGUGCUACUGCCAAGCCUGAGCAUAGCUUUGGAAAAGAUGAGGGACGUGCAGGGAGACUGGCUGCUUGUGGCAGGCGCGUGGAAGGAUGAGCCAGGCUCAGCAGGAGGCUCAGCAAGAGGCUCGGCAGGAGGCUCGGAAUCUGGUUCGGUUGAGUGGAGGAGGAUCGGGGCGGGUAGAGCUGGCGGGAGGAGGGAAAUUGGGGGAGAGGAGGAUGGGAGUGAGGAGGAGUAUGCUUGGGUGGUAACCAGUGUAACAGGAGUGUCACGUCAGCUGAGCAUGGAGGAGGCACUACGUCCCUUCCAGUCCUCCUCCCUCUCUCACCCCCCCUGCUCGUCCCCCCUCCUAUGGGCGUGGAAUGUGGGCCCCACGCCCCUCCUCUCUGGCCCCAUGCCCCCAUUCCGCCUGCUGCAGCCGAGCACACAGGGGGAGGGGAAGGGGGGGGAGGGCGAGGGGAAAACGGUAGAGACUGCUGGUUACCACACAGCGUUUCCCUACCUGCGGGCCGUGUGGCAGCGGUGGCUGCUGCACGAGUGCCUCUCGUCGCCCCUCCGCCUCGCCAUCGACGCCUCCCCCCUCAUGCCAGCUGCUCUGGUCGGAGGGGCUCUUGCUGCACACAGGGAGGUGAUGGUGGAGAGGGAGGAGGAAGAGGAGGAGAGGGAGGAGGGGGGCGGGGAAGGGGAGGAGGGAGAAGCGGAGGGAGCAGGGGGGGAGGAGGAGGGGGAGGUGGAGCUGAAUGCCCACUUUGCGAUGUCAUAUGGUUCCUUUCCCCUUUCUCUCUUCGCACACUCCACCACCGACCGUCCCUUGAACAAGCCGACUAGUGUUAGAAGCAGUGCAGCAGAGCAGCAGCAGCAUCGACACUACCAGCACCAGCAGCAACAGCAGAAACACAGCACGCCGCGUUUUUCACUGGCUGAUGUGCCGUGGGCCCUUGUCCCCUGCUCCUACCCCGGCGCUGCUGGCUUCUGCUUCCAGCAACGGGAGAAGCAGCAAGAGGGAAGGGGGCCAAGGGGCAGACGAAGCGGGGGAGAGAGUGAGGGAGACGGAGGAAGAGCCGGUGAGGAAGAGUCAGUGUCGUGUAUGGGGGGGGCGGAGAGGGAGGGGCUGGUGCAGGCAGCAGCGGCGUGGAGGAAAGAGGGGGUCGGGUUGAGGAGAAGGCGCGAGGCUAAGAGGAGAGAGGUGCAGCUCGGGGAAGGAGGAGGUGAGGGGGAAGGAGAGGGCGCUGGGGAGGGUCGGGGAGGGGGUGGUAAAGAACGGGGAGAGGGGGAAGGGACGGGUGCAAGAGAGAGAGAGGGCGCAGUGGGGGCGAAUGAAGUUGAGAGACGUGAAAAGCGUGGGGAUAUGAGUGGGCGUGUGGGUGCAGGAGCAGCAGUGGGUGGGGAAGCAGCAGUGGGUGGGGAAGCAGCGGUGGGUGCUUUAGCCUUUGAGAGAGUGGAGCAUGAUGAGGUGAUGCUGCGCGUGCUGAGGCAGGUGACGGGCGGGGGCAAGGAGAGGGGCAAGGCGAGGGGCAAGGCGAGUGGGAGGGCGAGGGGCAAGGCGAGGGAGAGGGCGACUGGGAGAGGGAGUGGGAGAGGGAGUGGGAGAGGGAGUGGGAGAGGGAGUGGGCAAAGAGAGGCGGAAGGGUGGGGAGCAGGGGCAGCAAGGACAGUGGGGGCAGAUGGGGCAGCAGGGGCGGCAGGGGCAGCAGGGGCAGGAGGACUGGAGAGGGAUGAGGAGCGGACGGUGGUGCUGGCGGUGGUGGCGUCGAACUACAAGGAGAUGAUGAUGAGCUGGCUGUGCGGGCUGCGCCGCCUGCACGUGCACAACUACGCCGUCGCAGCCAUGGAUAAAGAAACCUUUGACUUUGCCCGGGAGCAGGGCCUCCCGGUGUUCCCCCACGCGUACGAUGAUGCGUUCAGCCGCGAUGACUGCCAUUUCGGGACCGACUGCUUCUUGAAUGUGACUAAGGUGAAGUCUCGGGCUGCGCUGCGGGUGUUACGGGCUGGUUACCACGUGCUGUUUAACGAUGCCGACAUCUAUUGGUUUGCGGAUGCGCGGCCGAUUGUGAUGGGGUAUGGGCCCGGGCACAUGGUGGUUCAAAGCGACAACCAUAAUGAUACGGGCCCGGAUAACGACUAUCGACGGCUCAACUCGGGGUUUUACUUCCUUCGGUCGGAGCCUCGUGCGCUGGCGGCUCUUGAGGCAGUGGUGGCACAUGCAGCAGCAUCCCCCAUAACAGAGCAACCCAGCUUCUACGAUGUGUUGUGCGGAGCUUCUUCAGAGUACACUGUUGGCGACUCGCAGUGCUUAAAUCCUCGGUUCAACCUCACCGUGGAUUUCCUCGAUAGAAACAGGUUCCCUAAUGGUGCAACGCGUCUGUUGUUCCACAUGGGAAAUAGUGUUCGAAGAGGGUGCGAAGAGAUGGGUUGCGUUAUAAUCCAUAACAAUUGGGUGUCUGGGAGACGAAAGAAGAUACGGAGGCAGGUGAAGCAAGGGUUGUGGGACUAUGAUGUUGGGGCACGAAUGUGCAUUCGCUCAUGGUACAAUUCUACAAUGCAGCAUAUAUACUAGUAAGGAUACAAGUUGACAAGUGGUGCAUACAAGUGGGAUCAUAAUAUUCCGUUGUUUGUGGUGUUUCAUAGUGUUGGGCUGAGAAUAGCCCUAGGAUCUUUUCAGAAUGCUAAGUCCUUGUAACAGAGUGCU